AUGCUUGAAGAAGCGCACAACGUUGAAGAUCAGGUCACCACAAAACUUGGCCUUCUCUGCGUAUGUUUGCAAAAUACGGAAGUGGUAAAAGUUUUCAAACUGGAACUUAUGUUAGGAAAACUUCAAGAGGUUAUUUCAAAUUUAUCCAAAAUUGAGCUAUUGGACGAUUGCCAAAAGAUCUCUUCAACUUUUGAAGAGUUGAUUGGAGAGCUUGAGCUAAGAAUUUGUCGAGAACAAGAAGCUAUCCAACGAUCACAAUGCCUUCUCGAUGCAAAUGAGUCAUUGAAUCGCGAAAUCUUAUCGCUAAAGUUAUUGGUGGACCAAGGGGAACUCGGGAAGAAUAAACUUACUGAGCAACUAGGAGAUAUUACUCACAAAUUGGACUCAACUAGAAAGAUCACAGUUGAACUUCAUGAAAUCAUUGAAACAAAUAAAGCAAAUAUUCUGGAGUCGGAUGAAGCAAUUCGAUCAUUGAAGGAGGAAAUUAGUACACAAUGCAGCGAAAAGGUUUCUUUAAAGGCUUCGCUUGAUACAUUGCUUGACAGGCGGAAUCAAACCAUCGAACAAUUGGAAGCACUCUGCUCUUCUAUAAAUAACAAUGAAAUCUUAACCGAAGUUCAUCUAACCUCGCUCUUAACUAACAUUCAUGAUGCAUUUACAAAAUGUUCUGGUCCUGAGCUAUUUGGUGAUUGCGACGCGAUCUCCGCCUUGUUUCGCCGCUUAACUGUAGCACUUGAAUCCAAAUUUGAUCAGCACAAUGAAAUUGAACAAGAAAAAGUGCUUCUUUCAGGCCAGAAUAAUGAGUUAAAUAAGAAGCUAGGCCUAAUGGAUUCUGAAUACAGUAAGAGUGUAUUGCAAAACACUCAACUAGAGGAAAAAAAUGCACAGUUAACUCUUGCUAUUGAGGCUAGUAAUGAGGUUCAAGAACAGCUUAGAUCAAUUGAUGAACGUUUAACUAAUGCCAAUCAGUUAAAUGAAUCUUUAAGGGAAGACGUCUUAUCUAAAGAGAUAGAGAUUGCUUCAUUGAUGGUAUCACUUGAAUGCAUCAGUAAGGAGAAAGAUAAGGCCAAUGAAAGAGAAACUCGACUUUCUUCCCUAAUGGUUAGCCUACAGAAAGCCCUUACACAAUUUUCGGAUGUCAAGCUUGCUGAUGACUUCUCUCAACUCUCCUCUUCUUUUCACCUCUUCAUUAAAGAAUUUGAGUCAAAGUCCUCUCUCUUGAACGAUUUGACACAAGAAAUCAAUUGUCUUCGCGAGUCGACAAACUUGCAGCACAAAGAGUUGGUACAGUUGAGAGAAAAAGAUAAUGAAUUAGAGUCUGUUAGUAAAGAACUAUUGGAUCUUCAAGAAAUCCUAUCUAAACAAAAGGAACGCUCAGCUUCUAUGGAGAAAGAACUUAAUACCUUAAGAGCCUCAUCGGACGAAAUAACUAAGGUAAAAGCUCAAGCUUUAGAAAGUGUCCAUAUUCUUGAAUCCGGAUUAGAACAGAAAGAACGUUUAAAUGAUGCUAAAAUGUCCCAAUUAAUAAAUCAACUAAAAGGUUCCCUAUAUGAAUUAUCUCAACUUCGGAUAUCAGCCGACCUCGACACUAUCUCUUCUGCCUUUAUCUAUUUAUCUGGAGAGUUGGAGGCAAAGCUUCGCCGUGAAGACGAAAUUGCUGCAGAGCACAUCGACUUCGUGCAGAUGGACCAAGACGUUCACAGUGUACCCGAUUCUGCGAAAAUAGAACUAGAUGGGCUAAACUCUGAUGUAAGCCGUAAUUUUGAGCAACUGGAUGAAAAAUCUCAAGACUUGGAGGCAGCAAACGCUGCUGCCGGGCUUCUUCCGGUGAAGCUUGAUUCCAAUUCAUUGACAAUGAAAGAGGCUUGUGAACUCCAUAUGGAAAAUUUGUGUUUGCGGAAUGAAUUAAUUGCUCUGCAGGCUUCCCAUGAACAGCUCGGAUUGCAGCGAAACCAAGCACUGGCAACACUGAUUAAUCAUGAGGCCCAUGGCGAAGCCCGCGAUUGCCUGACGGAUUCUCGCCUAUCGAAUCUUUGCAAUCAA